AUGGCUACCUCGUUCAUCACCAAACGCCUUCGCUCAAACGAGGAAGAGCAGAAUACUCAACCCAGCUGGAUCCGGCGUCAAGUUGUGUCAGGCCUCCAGUUUAUUUCUCACCGGGCCUGUGUGCACCCUAUUCACACUCUUGUGGUGAUCGCCAUCCUUGCCAGCACUACCUAUGUGGGUCUGCUCGAAGGCAGCCUGCUUGAUACCCCGAAAGACUCGUUAAGUGUCGCGGGACAGGUCGACACCGAUGCCCUUCUCCAGGGAAGUCGAAAUCUGCGACUCGGAGAAUCAACUUCCUGGAAGUGGCAGGCGGAAGAUGCGUGGACUGACCCCCAGAAUAAGAAGCCUGCUGCCCAGCACCUGGCUCUGACGACCCUCAUCUUCCCUGAUUCCACCAACUCUGAUUCAACUGCCCCGGCAGCUGAUGAUGUCCCGAUUCCUGCCGAUAUCUCCGCCAACUCGGUACCGUACACCCCGAACCUCUUCUCGCAUUUUACUCAUGACGCUUCCCUGGUUUACACCGUGCCCUUUGAACAAGUCUCCGAACUUUUGAGAGCUGUGCAGGAGAUCCCUGCCCCACCCACGGAUGGGAAUGAGGUGGAAUCCAAGAAAUGGAUCAUGAGAGCUGCUCGUGGCCCGGUCCACGGAUCCCGCAGAGCUGUAAAGCUCUGGAUCGCGGAUUCAUGGAAUUCCUUUGUGGAUCUGAUCAAGCACGCGGAAACCAUUGACAUUGUUAUCAUGGCUCUUGGCUACCUCUCGAUGCACCUGAGUUUCGUCUCACUCUUCUUCUCCAUGCGACGAUUGGGCUCCAACUUUUGGCUUGGGGCUACCGUGCUCCUCUCUGGCACCUUUGCAUUCCUUUUUGGACUACACGUGACCACUAGGCUGGGCGUGCCUAUCAACCUCCUCUUGCUGUCUGAAGGUCUUCCAUUCUUGGUUGUCACCAUUGGAUUUGAGAAGCCGAUUAUGUUCACUCGGGCCGUCCUGAAAGCUUCCGUGGACAAUCGCCGACCUCUUCCCGGCGCUGCCCCUCGCCCGCUGGCAUCGAGCACACCGAGGUCCAUCCAGGACUCUAUCGCAGCUGCGAUUAAGGACCAAGGUUACGAGAUCGUUCAGCACUACUGCAUUGAGAUUGGUCUAUUGGCUUUGGGUGCGGCAUCUGGCGUCCAGGGUGGACUCCAGCAGUUCUGCUUCCUCGCAGCUUUGAUCUUGUUCUUUGACUGCGUGCUUCUCUUCACCUUCUAUACCACCAUUCUCUGCAUCAAGCUCGAGAUCACUCGGAUAAAGCGUCACGUGGCACUUCGCAAGGCCUUAGAAGAAGAUGGCAUUACCCACACCGUUGCCGAGAAUGUCGCUUCUAGCAACGACUGGCCUAACGCCAGAUCUGGCGAGGCGGACACCAGCAUCUUUGGCCGCAAGAUCAAGUCGAGCAAUGUGCGCCGGUUCAAGAUUAUCAUGGUUGGUGGUUUGAUUUUGAUCAAUGUCGUGAACAUGUCAGCCAUUCCUUUCCGGAACACCGGCAACGGUGGCCUGCUCUCGCGUUUCUCCAACGUCCUGUCUCCUACCCCCAUCGAUCCUUUCAAAGUGGCAGAGAAUGGCCUGGAUAGUGUGUACGUGGCUGCCAAGAGCCAGAAGCAGGAGACUAUUGUUACCAUCCUUUCGCCGAUCAAGUACAAGUUGGAGUACCCCUCAGUUCACUACGCAGCUCUUACCGACUCUGGUUCGUUUGACAUCGAGUACACUGAUCAGUUCUUGGAUGCCGUGGGUGGCAAGGUUCUCGAAAGUCUGCUCAAGAGCGUCGAAGACCCUGUCAUCAGCAAAUGGAUCAUCGCCGCUUUGACUCUCAGCAUCAUCCUUAACGGAUAUCUUUUCAAUGCUGCCCGUUGGAGUAUCAAGGACCCUGAGACCCUUCCCGAGCCUGUGAUCGCACCGAAGGUCUACCCCAAGUUUGAACCAAAUGAACAACAGUCAAGAAGGAGCGUCGAAGAAUGCGAGUCUCUGCUCAGGGCAAAGCGUGCGCCCUUGCUUACCGAUGAGGAGCUGAUCGAUCUUUCCCUCCGCGGCAAGCUUCCAGGUUACGCGCUGGAAAAGUCUAUGGAGGAUGAGAACUUGAUGAGUCGUGUUGAUGCCUUUACUCGUGCUGUGAAGAUCCGCAGAUCUGUGGUCUCCCGGACUCCUACUACCUCUGCUAUCACUUCCGUUUUGGAAAACUCCAAGCUCCCCUACCUGAAUUACAACUAUGGCCUUGUCCACGGUGCUUGCUGUGAAAACGUUAUCGGAUACUUGCCCCUUCCUGUUGGUGUCGCUGGUCCUCUCAAUAUCGAUGGACAAAAUUACUUUAUCCCCAUGGCUACUACCGAAGGUGUCUUGGUGGCUAGUACAAGUCGUGGCUCCAAGGCAAUCAACGCCGGUGGUGGUGCAGUGACUGUGCUGACCGGUGAUGGUAUGACUCGUGGUCCUUGUGUAACUUUCCCAACCUUGGCCCGGGCUGCCGCUGCUAAGGUUUGGAUCGAUUCCGAGGAAGGCCGGAGUAUCAUGACAACAGCUUUCAACUCGACCAGUCGCUUUGCCCGUCUGCAGAGCAUCAAGACUGCCCUUGCCGGAACCUACCUGUAUAUCCGCUUCAAGACUACCACUGGUGAUGCCAUGGGUAUGAACAUGAUCUCUAAAGGCUGCGAGAAGGCACUGGACGUUAUGCAUAAGGAGUGUGGUUUCGAUGACAUGUCCAUCAUUUCGCUUUCUGGUAACUUCUGCACAGAUAAGAAGUCUGCUGCUAUCAACUGGACUGAUGGCCGUGGUAAGUCCGUCGUGGCAGAGGCUAUCAUUCCUGGCCAUAUUGUCAAGAGUGUCCUUAAGAGCGACGUCGACGCACUGGUUGAGCUGAACGUCAGCAAGAAUUUGAUCGGAAGUGCGAUGGCGGGCAGCUUGGGUGGCUUCAACGCUCAUGCUUCUAACAUCGUGUCUGCCAUUUUCCUGGCCACUGGUCAGGAUCCGGCCCAGAACGUUGAGAGCAGCAGCUGUAUCACAACCAUGAAGAACAACAAUGGCAACCUCCAGAUCGCUGUGUCUAUGCCUUCCAUUGAGGUAGGCACCAUUGGCGGUGGCACUAUCCUUGAAGCGCAAGGUGCUAUGCUGGAUCUCCUGGGUGUCCGCGGUGCUCACUCGACUUACCCCGGCGAAAACGCACGCCAGUUGUCUCGUAUCAUUGCUGCCUCCGUUCUCGCCGGUGAGCUCAGUCUCUGCUCUGCGCUCGCCGCCGGUCAUCUCGUCAAGGCACACAUGGCCCACAACCGUAGCGCAGCUCCCACACGGUCCUCAACCCCCGUGUCUUCUGCCGUUAGCGCCACCCGUGGCCUUUCCAUGACCUCCAAAUAA